AGUAAUGGCCAUCUAUUUGGGUCCUAGAGAAGAUAUUUCUCGUCUCGUUAGCGUGGGUGUGAAUGAGUUUUAUCCGUGUUUAGACUCCUUCGGCAGUAAUUUCCCGUUACAUUCGAACUUUUAUUGAAUUUUGCCCGCUCUCGGCGAAGAUAUAAUGGCAGAAGUUGGCGGCGCGUUUUAGGGUUAAAGCUACAAGCUAGCCGCGCUAACGUUAAGCUACUCCCAGCGUCUGUAAGGGCGGACGAGUUUGACAUUUUCUCCUCGAAGUCUCGCCUGAUUCCUGCCGUGAACACACCGUCAUCCUCCGUCUUUCUCUUCUCCGACCACCGACCAGUCAGCAUGGAGGAGACACUUUAUAAUACCACGAAGACAACCGCGACUGAAGGGGAUUAACGAGCUGCGCGGUCUUGAUGGGGAAAAGUUAAAUCCAGGAUUAACAAUUUGGCAUCGAGUGAAGAAAGGUUUAAAAUCUCACCAUUUGUCCAAGAGCAUGAAAACCCCCCAGUGAUGGAGCCCACAGUUGUGAGUACCUCCACUCUAGCCCCUGAUGACUUUGACAGGAACGCGCCACGGAUAUGCGGCGUGUGUGGUGACAAAGCCACCGGCUUCCACUUCAAUGCCAUGACCUGUGAGGGCUGCAAGGGCUUUUUCAGACGCAGUAUGAAGCGCAAAGCCACCUUUACAUGUCCCUUUAACGGCAGCUGCACCAUCACCAAGGACAACAGGCGCCAUUGCCAAGCAUGUCGGCUCAAACGUUGUGUGGACAUUGGCAUGAUGAAAGAGUUCAUUCUGACAGAUGAGGAAGUGCAGAGGAAGAAAGACCUGAUUCAAAGGAGAAAGGAGGAAGAGGCACAGCGUGAAGCGGAGAAGGAGGCACGACGGCCUAGGCUUACAGAGGAACAGAGUCAAGUCAUUCGCACGCUGGUGGAGGCUCACCACAAAACAUAUGACGACUCCUACUCCGACUUCUCCCGCUUUAGGCCUCCAGUGCGUGAAGGCCCAGUGACACGUAGCGCGAGCAGAGCUGCUUCUCUCCACUCUCUGUCUGAUGCCUCCUCAGAUUCCUUUAGUCACUCUCCAGAGUCAGUAGAUGCCAAAAUGAACUUCAACAACCUGCUGAUGAUGUACCAAGAACAAGGCAGUAGUCCAGAGUCCAGCGAGGAAGAAGGCUCCAGUUUGUCCAUGCUGCCUCACUUGGCUGACCUGGUCUCCUACAGCAUUCAGAAAGUCAUCGGCUUUGCCAAAAUGAUACCUGGCUUCAGGGAGCUGACUGCAGAGGACCAGAUUGCUCUGCUUAAAUCCAGUGCCAUUGAGGUGAUCAUGCUGCGUUCAAAUCAGAGCUUCAACUUGGAAGACAUGUCCUGGACCUGUGGUGCACCUGACUUUAAAUACCAGAUCAGUGAUGUCACAAAAGCGGGCCAUACUCUGGAACUUUUGGAACCUCUGGUGAAAUUUCAAGUUGGCUUGAAAAAGCUUAAUCUUCAUGAGGAAGAACAUGUGCUGCUAAUGGCCAUCUGCUUACUUUCUCCAGAUCGGCCUGGUGUGCAGGACCACGCACGGAUAGAAGCCCUCCAAGACCGACUGUCAGAGACCCUACAGGCUUACAUCCAGCUGAACCACCCUGGCGGUCGGCUGCUUUACGCUAAGAUGAUCCAGAAGUUGGCUGAUUUGCGCAGCCUCAAUGAGGAGCACUCCAAGCAGUACCGCUCACUUUCCUUCCAGCCAGAGCACAGCAUGCAGCUCACCCCACUGGUGCUGGAGGUAUUCGGCAGUGAGGUCUCUUAGGGACUACCUCUAAACCUCAGUGUUGGGUUGGUAAAGUCCCCGUUGGGGUAAUAGUCGAGGCUGGUGGCUUAGGAUGUGCUGGAUGGACUACUUGGAGGUGUGGAAAACGGUUUGAUUGAGUGGGGAAAAGGUUUGUGUGCAUGUGUGACUGUGGAUGCCUGGCUUUGUGUGUCCUAAACAAGUUUGUCAUGCCAUCAAGGCCAGGGUUGUGUGGAGAGCGAACAGAUGUCAGUAGCUAGAGAAAAACAAGGGAAAGUCUUAUAAUUCAAAUCAAACUAUACAUACAACCUCUGCCUAUAUUUCUGACAGUGUUUUUUUUGUGUGUGUGUGUGUGUGUCUGUAUUUAAAACAACAAACCUCUGCUUAAAAAAAGAAAUGCCUGGACACUUUGCGUGUACAUCCUGUGCACACAUCAACAUAAGCAUACUCAGCUAUUCAUUUAGCCAUUCAGUCAACCUACCUCUUGGUUUUACUGGGUUUAUUUUGUAUUUGCAUCACGUAUGUGAAACAGUAAUUUUUACACGGAACAGUUUAGAUACAGCAAGAAUGACAUUUUGCUUAACGGUGCAAAACCAGUGCCUGCGCAUUUCUUUGAUGUUUUGAUGUUGCAAAAAUACUCUCAAUGGCAGCAUAUGCAUAUGACUGUGCACACAAUUCAAACACUCGCCUUUCACCAAAGUUAUGGUCUACUACUUUCUCAAAAGCUUCCAGUACCUAAAAAUAACCUUGCUGCUCCACAUCUCUCUCAAGCAUGCAGCCGUUCGACAGGCUAGUUGUCUAACUGGCCUCACAGCUUAUGAAGGAAAUGCCAUUGUCUUAGGUUUAUAAUACAGAGUACAAAAUAUUGUCUGUAAUUUAGUAUGACUGAUUUAAAAUUUUUGGGUGUUUUGUUUUGAGGUGAGAAUUAGCCACUAAAGCUCCUUUUACACUGCUAACUGUCAAUCAAAUCCAAGCUUGCGUUACUGUUCUCUUUUUAAAAUUCUUUGUAAUUCUGCUUUCAGAAGUUAUUUUUCUUGUAAAUAGUUAAUUGCUAUACAUGUAUCUUAAGCACUGUUAUACAACAUUUUACUCAAGCCUAUGUAUUGAUACUUAGUACAUAUUCGAUCAUAGAUUUUAAAGGGCUAAAAUGCCAAAUCUAACUGGAAUAGUAAAAUGAGGCCAAAGUACGGGGCCCCAAGUUGUAGUUUAUAGCUGCACACCAUACUUAGAAUUUGCUUGGAUACAGAUGGAAUGCCAUGGAUACUUUGUGUUGUAUAUGCCAUUUCACCUUUAAAACAAUUCUGUGAAUUGUUCCUCCUCAGCGUACAAUACGCUGGGUGGGCAGAGAUCUCGGAAAGCUGCCUCAGAUGUAUAUAGAUGUCACACUCCUUUCGUUUCUGAAUGAAAAGUGGAUUUUCUAGAAUGUAUUAGCACCUGGCUGUGGCGUGCACCUUGAUACCAGGGCCCUUUGUUUGAUGAUGUGUGCUUUGCAGCCCUCUAGUGGCUACAUGUAAAUACUGUGUGUGUGUUCAUUGUGAACAGUAUGAAUCCAAAAUAUUUCAUAUUUUAAGCAGUCAACUUAAUUUCAUUUGUAAAUGUACAUCCAUUCCUGCAUUUAACAAUUACCAGACAUUCCAAAAAAAGUUUGGCCAGGACAAUUUAUUCGAACAAUAAGGAUUAUAUAAUCAUUUUUGCAGCCAGUUUUCUUGAGACAGGUCAGGGGGAUGGAUAUAGGAACAUAUCUUGGACUUCAGUCAUUUGGAAACCAGUAUGGUCCUGAAUGUUAAAUCUGUGUCAUGUAGACAGUUCUCAAAAUGUUCUAGAAGAAAACUAGUGGGACAAGCCACCAAGACAACUCUGAAAGAGUAAUGGGCUUCUGUAGUUGAGUUUAGAGAAACUAACUCUAACGUUUGUCCGUUGUAUCAGCAGUUAUUCAGCUUCUUGAUGAAGUGGUAAAGAGCAGAAUUUUCUGAUGACGAACAUGCGAAGCAGCUGCAGUUUGCUAGAAGGCACAUGGGAAACCGAAGCCCAGAUUUUAUCUGUUAUCCACUUUUGCAAUCCUUCUCUAUUCUACCCCAACAUGAAAAUAUCCAUAGAAACCUGUCUUUCUUUCAGAGCUGUUUGGGUGUCUUGGUAAAUUCUAUCACUUCUCUCCUUCCAGCAGGUGUCUUGGUGGCUUCCCUCACUUACCUCCUUUCAGCAUGGUCAUUCAGUUUUGGAGAACUGCCUGCUUGACACAGACUUACCGUACAGUGCCAUACUAUUUGUAUUUCAUAAUAAUUGAUGUAAAUGAAGUCCAAGACACAUUACGUGACUUGGAAAUGUUCAUGUAUCCAUCCCUCCCCUGACUUGUCUAAAGAAAUCUGUCUGUAAAAAUGAUGAUUUAAUCAUUUAUAUUUGGAAUAAAUUGCUGCCGUUAGUUUUUUGUAGAAUGUGUUGCAGGCCUUAAGUGCAGGAAUGAAUGUAUAUUAACAAAUGAAAUGAAGUUGACUGCUUAAAAUAUGAAAUAUUUUGGAUUCAU